UAUAUUAAAAAAACGACAAACACUCUCGCACUGGGGACAGACACGCAGCAACACAACGGAGACACUGUCCCAACUGUGACGUCCUCGCACGCGCUCUCCCCGAUGUUUACCUCAUGUGAUGAUUUGCACGAGUGGAAUUAUUUCAUUCUCAGACACAGUUUCUGGAUUCUCUGUUCACGCAACUACGCGUGUGCCCCGACUAAAUGUUUUGCGUGCUUGUGCGCUCUCGGGUUUGGUUGCGGAUCGCGCCGUGAUGCCGCGUUAGGGGCGUAAUCUCAUGCGCACUUUCUAAAGGAGGCUGUCGCGCUCGGGGACGCGCGCUGGAGGUGAUGCUGCGGAUGCAGAAGGAGGAGGCGGAGGAUGCUGCGGCGGCCGCUCUGCGGUUUGACUGACGGGCGAACGCGCGCUAAUAAAGGGCUGUCACAGUGACACGUUCACGGACACGUGGAACAGGCAGCCAAACGUGGGACAUGCCACGAGGAAAAAAAACAACAAAUCCCCACAGCUUUGUGUACAGUUUGGUGUCAGAUUAAGAGGCUACAUCUAGUUUGAAAGUGAAGCACCAACUAUACAGCUUAUCUCUCAGACCGUUGUGCCACAACAAUUAGUGAGUAUCUCUCUGUGUUUUUGCCACCAUAACAACAGCAACAACAACAUGAUCAAACAAAGUAAUAAUGUUUAAUUUUUUUUGUACUUCCUCCAGCCUUCCGGCAGAUGUGUUAUAAACACAAACCCCGUAUGCAUGAGAGAAUGCGAGAGUGCGUGUGUGACAUCGUCUUUAGCGGUUUGACUCAUGAGGCUCGUGGUGAGAUACUAUUUGCUGAAGCAGUUUCAAGCCCCCCACGAUAAGAAGAGCAACAUACUGGAUCAAAUAUCUCUUAACAAUCUGGUUUCUGUGGGAGGUUGCAGCAGCUAAUCCAAGGUUUCCUCAGACAAACUCCUACCAAGGUUUUUUUCAACGGUUUUGUUAUUUUUGUUGUCAUUUCUUACUUAAAAAAUGUUAAUCUGUUUACUACUUUAGGCAAGUGAAUAUUUUGACUCUCUAGUUGAUUGAUCGCUUUGCAGCACAGAAAAUACAUUAUAUUAAGAGACGCAAAAAAUUAAAUAGAUAUAACAACUUUGGAGUUAUAAAAGAUAAUCCUGCUUUCUCUGUGAUCUCGUCACUUCAGUAUUAAUAGAUGUCACAUGGGGAGGUGCUUUCAAGAGAGAGAUCACUAAGCAGGUCUCUAUUAUUGAGACAUCCCUUGAGACGGCUUGCGUAUCCAGCGCCGGCUCCACUUAACAGGCCAGGGAAGGUUGGCGGGAGGUUUCAGUUUAAACGAUAAAUGCAGAGAAGGUGCAGAGAAAGAGCGUGCAAAGAGCUGGGUGAACGUUAGGAAUGGUGUAAUACGACUAAUUGUGUUUCAAAUUGGGUCUUUGAGUGCAGAAUGGGGAGUGGGAUUGUUCUGAGCUCCCCACUGAAGCACCCAAGGAUGAGAAAGUUGUUAGAUUUGUAGGUCAGGCUGCAUGGGGCUGUUGUUAGGCAGACGUUCUCACACCUCCAGAAGUCUUAGCUGUUUGACACUGAAUUACAUUUGGUGGCGUGCGUUUGUUUCGGAUCGCUUUCUGCUACCUGGUUCCCGUUUUCAACUUUUUUUUUUUGGCAAAUGCACAGUCAGAAUCGUAUCAAUUCUGCGUCUAAAUCCACUUCAUCUCGGUCUGCAGUUGGCUCAUUUUCUUUCUCCUUACAGUGUGCUGUGUUAAUUUCCUCUGACAUGUUGAGUUAAACAACCUUAAUUGAUUUCACAGUGUUGGAGGAGAUUGCAGGAGGGUAACCUGGUCCCAUCUGGAGCUUAUCAGAGCCUGACCCGGUUUUGGCGUGCUACGUUCGCGCGCCGCUCCUUUGGGACCUGUUCCCUCCUCGUUGCUGACAAAGAGAAGAAGGCCACAGCCGUUCUAUCCCAGCUCAGACCCACAUACCUCGACUCAACCCGAGCCCAACAUCGCCGGAUCCUUCCUCACGCUGCCCGCUCCCAAGAAGUUGCUUACAUUACACUUCCUCCCUCCCUCUCUCAUUGUAGGUCACUUGGUCUACCUUCCUCCAUUUUGGAAAAGGGCUUGCGGGGAUAUUUUGCCCUACAAAAAAAAUAAUUAUCUUAUCUCCCUAAUUCCCAAUUAUUAUGCACAGGCUUAUUUAAGAAAAAGGAUUAGAUUUUCUCUCUUUUUUUUUUUUUUGUUGGCUGCACCAACAUGCAGGGGGAUGGAUUUGACUGUGACACUCUCUUCCGUAACUGUGAGGGGGGGUCCUACACCUAGAUGAACUGGGGGAGGAGAGAGCACAGUGAGACUGUCAUGUAAGCCGUCUCCUCUGGGGCCACCUCUCUCUGUGUGCGUGCCGCUUCCUGCCUCAGGUAGAAGCCUCAGUGCUUCUGCUGCCGAGGCGACAGGCUGCUGCCGCUGCUGCUCUUCUCUCCUCUCCCUCCCGCUGAGCAACAGCUCCACUCUCACGAGCGUUGAAAUGGAGAAGAACUGCUCGGAGUGCUCAGUGCCGACACUUGCACAGAGCCUGUGUACACUCUGCAACAAGUGGUUGUGUUACCAGUGCACAGAUGUGCAUCAGCAUCAGAGAGCCACUACCACAUACCAUUACACAGACAUGCACAAGCAACAGAGGCCCAGUAACCCCCAUUGUCCUGACCUGCUCCAGAGAGGCUCCGGCUCCACACCUCCAACUAGACAAGGUCCGGGGUCGUAUCCUUGUUCCCUCCUGAUGUGCCACGCUCAUAGACAGGAGCCCUUGGAGCUGUUUUGUGAGUCAUGUGACCUUCUGUGCUGUAGCAGCUGUCACCUGUCCUCCCACAAAAACCACAGGGUGGUGCAGAUUGGGAAUGCUCUACAGGAUCAGCAGUGGCUGUUUGAGAGCCUGAUGGUUCAGGUGGAUGAGAGGAGAUCGGCAGUGGAGAACAAUGCUAAGCAGCUAGAGGAAAGACUUCAUGGAGUAAAGAUUGCACACAGGAAAGCAGAGAACCAGAUUAAAAUGGCAAAGAUGAUUAUGAUGAACGAGCUUAACAAACGAGCCAACCUAUUAAUAGAGCAACUGGAGAAAAUCUCAGAGGACUUUCAGCAUCGUCUGGAGGACCAUCUGCAGGGGGCAAUAGAGAUAUGUGGCCAGCUGGACCACGUCCAGAAGUUCAUCACCUGGGCUACGACCCACCACUGCAGAGGCCCGGUGCUCUUCAGCAGAGCUCUGAUGUCUCUCCAGAUGCAGCAGCUGCUUGAGUCGUCACUCCACUCAGACUCUUGGAGUCCUGUCAGGAUCAAAUUCAAUUGGGAUGCAAGUUACUGGACGAAGCAGAUUUCCUCUUUAGGCCAGCUGAAUGUUGAAGGGGGAGACAGCAUUUACCCCCGCGGCCUCCCCUGCUCCAGUAUUCUCAGGCCUCAGCCAAUCAACCGCUUGGCUCUUCCGUCCGUGUGUCACAGAGGACGAGAGCUGGGCUGUGGGUACCAGAACUGCUGCGAGCCCCAACUGUGUUGUGUCCAUGGCAUUCCCUCCGCGCCGGACCCGUCCCGUCCGGACAAAGGCCAGCUUGAAGCCGUCCUGCAUAACUCCAGCUGUGUUCGGCCGGCCCUUUUCUCUGCCUCUUUGCACCAGAACCAGCAGCUCCAGCGGUGCUGGGACCCAGACAACUCCUUGCAAUGUCCUCCGCCGUCCUCACCCGUCUCGGUGACGGGACCCAUUCAGCUCAGCUGCAGUCGAAGAUCUCCAUCCCGGCCACAAGCUGCUGCCUCUCAGACCCAGCCUCAAACUGAGCCGUAUCUCCAACGGCCACAUCAGAGAGACGUUCUAUCAGACAGCCGGGCUCAGCCAGGUGCAGAGCACCGCAUGCCGGGCCGACGUCAGAGGACGCUGUCGACCAACGCGCCGCUGCAGCAGCAAGUCGGCCACGCAGCCGCGGACAGAGAUGCGAUGAACGACGAGAACUGGGAGGAGAAGUGCAGAGUGGAGGAAGCGCCAGGACAAGCGGCAGUGGUUGAGAGCAGAGCGCUGGCGGACGGGGAGCUGCAGCGGGACAGAAGGGAGCAGAGUUCUGUCCAGCAGGAGCAGCAGCAGCUCCGUGUCGCUCCAGCAGCAGAGCUGAGACGUGAGCUGCAGAGAAACAGUCCUGCAGUGACGCUCAGAGACCACAGAGAUGGCAGAAGAUCCACGUCCCUGGAGGUGUCGGAGACAGCCCACGAGUGUGUAUCCGACGUGCAGAGCAGCAGGCUCGGCCCUGCUUUAGUGUGCAGGGGGAGGGACAGACGCUCCCAGAGCAUCCCGCCAGAACUGGCAGCCCCUUCCACCAGCCCUUAUAGUGAGAGGCCCCCAGGAUGCGCUCAAAGCCCCCGGGCAGUGGCUGAAACUAAGUAUGUCAGUGUGGAAUCCAAACAGAGGAGAGCCUCAGAUGGGGUGCUUUGUGUUGUCAAGGAAACUUCGUCUGAAACGGUGCCCUCCAGAGGUCACCGGUCUCCUCUACUGUCCUAUAAGAAAGAGCCAGAUCAUUCUUUUAAUUGUGUAAAUGAAGACCUUGAUUAUGAGGGGAAAUACAGGGUGACGAGAAACAGCCACAGCAGUAACCGAGAUGUUCAGAAGGACUCAGGGAGGCCGAGGGUUCCAGUGGUUUGCUUAGAGCGUCUCAAAAUACUUGUGUCUCAACUUCCCCCACAUGGGCGACGGCAGAGCGACCCUCUACCGGCCAGCGGGACGGAGAAGAGCGAAGCCCCGCCUCAGCAGAGGGCCGGGCGUGACGCAAGGCCUGAGGGCACAGCUGCAGCCUGUGACAUCACAAGCCCCACCCGCUCACUCACAGCGCCGCCAUGUGCACAGCGACAGAAUCCGUCUUCCACACCCUCGACCACCAGAGAGAUUGACAGCCGGGAGACAAUCGGCUCCUGUAAAACACCAGCGCCCCCGUCCGCUGACCCUGUAUAUGUACCACACAGUUACCCUGCACUGGAUCUGGACUCAGAUACAGAUCCCGGAUCAGCCUCAGAGGACGCCGUUGUUUCUCAGGCCGAUCCAGACCCGCAGCUGUACUCGGAUGCAUCGCCAGAUUCCCCCCGAAAUGCAGAGUCUUCAUCUGAGUCUGAUCGUGAAGGUUGGGCUGUGGACGAAUCACUGGCUGCAGGACCGAUGCGGCUCUGCGUUGAAACUGACAUCACGGGGGAUUCAGAGCCAAGUCUUGAAUAUGAGGCGGAGCCAGAAUCGGACGCAGCAGGGGGAUCGGAGGAUGGUCAAGGGCUGGAGGAUUAUUCCGAAUCUGUCAAGCCUGACAAUGAUCGCAGCUUUCAGGCAGAGACCGACUCCGACGUUCUAUCCGAACAGCCUCCGGACUCUCAGGGCGCUCUCGAGUCCGAGCUCGACCUGGAAUCUGAACCCGAACUCCCCACCGACGACCCGCAACCACUUCGCUCCGACCUGGAGGAGGAGUCGCCCGGUGGUGCCGCCUGGGGGCCGCUUCUGCAUUCGAACCCCGUCGCUCAAAGUUUCGCCGAGGCUGACCAGGACUGUCCAGAGAUGGAGAGUGAGGACUUCUGUGCCGUGUGUCUCAUCGGAGGGGACCUGCUGUGCUGUGACCGCUGUCCAAAAGUCUUUCAUUUGUCUUGCCACAUCCCGUCCCUUCUAAGCUUCCCCUCAGGCGACUGGCUGUGCAGCCUGUGCCGGGACGUGAUGCAGCCAGAGGUUGAGUAUGACUGCGAGAAUAAGAGAACAUCUGGAGGACACACACCGGCACAUGGACUGCCUGUCUGUGACCAGAGAAAAUGUGAGCGGCUGACUCUACUGAUCCUAAGUAACGUCCUGAGUGCUCCCUUCCAUGAGCCCGUCAGUCCACUUGCUCGUCAUUACUACCAGAUCAUUAAGAGGCCUAUGGAUCUGUCCGUGAUCAGAGCCAAACUCAACAAGAGGAAUACUCAACACUAUAUCUCGACAGAGGAGUUUGUUGCUGAUGUCUAUCUCAUGUUUCGCAACUGCGCAAAGUUUAACUAUCCUGACUCCGAGGUGGCUCAAGCGGGCCGCAAUCUCGAGAUGUUCUUCAUCUCGAACCUGAAAGAGGUUUUCCCCGACAGAGUUUUCCCUGCAGCACAGGCGGACUCUGACAGCGACGAGUACGACGAGGCCUACAGGGCCGCUGAGAGCGGUUUCCCCUGGCCAGAGAGGAGAGAGCAGUGCCUCAGGAAGAGGAAGAGGAGACCCUCUCUCAAGUCAAGGAGACAGCUCUUCUAGCCACGGAGUGGAACAAUGGACUAAAAUGCGUUUUUUCGGAGUAACUGUGCUGUUUUUAUUUAGCAUCAUAGUGCGCAUUUAGUGGUUUGCAACAAUAUCACAGUGCUGCCAUCUGAUGGCAGCUGAACAUACUGAAACGCACUUCAGAUAUUUGAAGCACUAACGAACGCUGGAGAAAUUAUUAUUUCAACUGAUAAAAGAAGUAGAAGUUCAAGAUCAAACUAUGUUUUGUUUCAUAUUAUAUUCUACACAUUUGCAAACACAUCUCAUUGGAGAAAAACAACUCAAACAGAGCUUGAGGGUGCAGCUUUAAAAUAUCAUGUAAUAGUAAGACAUGGCUGUAAUUGUUACUUUAUUAUUUCAUAUGUUGCCACUGAAAUUAUAUUCGGGCAUAUAUUAUUUACAUUUAGACCUCCUAAAAUCACAUACCCAAUGUUGUAUUCUGUAUUGCACAAAGGUGAUUCUCUAUUGUAUGUUUAUUAAUCUCACGUAGCAUCUUUUUUAGGUUAACAUAGUUCUGAUUAUACACAGCACUGUAUUUAGCAUAUUUGUAAGCUCUCAAGGCAUUUAUUAUAAAUGUGUAACUUAAUAGAACUUUAUUUUACUAUAUGUCACAUUUUAAUUACUAAAUGAUUGCAGGCAAUUAUCACGUUUGAUUAUUGAUAUUAAUGUGUCUCAGUGAAGCCUUUGACUUUGUCUUUUUGACCACGGGGACACAGAAUGAAAGUGAUCGGGAGCACUUGUCCGAGUGUUAGAGGUCCAAAGGUCAGGUGUAUUUAUCCAAAUUAAACAAACAAAAAUGUUAAUUUGACAUUUAACCAUGAAUUAUGUUUGUGUAUACAUGAUGUAAGCUUUUUCCUCCAUUUAUACUACAUCUAUAUCUCAAUCUUAAUAAGAGUGUUAGGUAUUGAUAUCCUUCAGUUUGGAUGAGUAUCUGUAGAGCCACAUUGUUAAGAGAAAAUUACAUUUAAUGAUUGAAGAGUAUUUUCUGUAAAAUAUUCAAGGACACAGCUCUUCUAACCACAUUAACCAUAUUUAAUAAUUUCCUGAUGCUUAAGAUAGAUUUUACUUUAAAUAAGAGCAAAGAAAGUCUGUGCACACCUGGGUCAUUAUCAAAAGUAGUUAAUAUACAUUAUAUGAUAUGUUGCUUCCGUUUAAAUGAGUAAUAUUUCCUAUUGUACAAGGGAAGAUGAACUUAAGUUGCUGUCACUCUUUCAGGAGAACAGUUUGGUUAAUUACUUUAUUUUUACUGUAACAGUCAAUGAUAAAUGCACAUUUAUUAUUAUCAAUAAAAUUAAUUCAACAGAAAAAAA